AUGGCCGACCCUAAGCAACAAGUAAUGGACCAAGUCCGACAACAAGCCGCUCUCUCCAACGCCAGAUUACUUGUCGAAAAACUCAACGAACACUGCUUCGAGCGCUGCGUCCCCAAACCCGGCAGUUCACUCUCCUCAUCAGAAUCCACCUGCUAUACCUACUGCAUGGAGAAGUACAUGCAAGCGUGGAACACGGUUUCGAAGCAGUACAUUGGACACGUGCAGAGAGGGGCUGGCGGUGCUGGAGCGGGUGCAGGGGCUUUUGGAGGAUUAUGA